AUGACGGAACUGGAGACAGCCAUCAGCAUGAUCAUCGAUGUCUUCGCCAAGUACGCAGGCAGCGAGGGCAACAAGCAGAGCCUGACCAAGGGCGAGCUGAAGACGCUCAUGGAGAAGGAGCUCCCCGGCUUCCUGCAGAAUGGAAAAGAGAAGGAUGCCGUGGACAAGCUGCUCAAGGACCUGGACGCCAACGGCGACGCCGAGGUGGACUUCAGCGAGUUCAUGGUGUUUGUGGCUGCACUCACGGCCGCCUGUCACAAGUAUUUCCAUGCUCCCCGCCUGCACGGCCCCAACAUGCUGCUGCCCAGCUCCCCGCCGCCCUCCCCUGCCUACUGCUUCGGACAAGGGCAGCAGCCGGUCCAGUGGCCUCGGAUUCAGCCGGGCUCACCGGGAACGGCCCACUGGCACGAGUUUCGAGGUCGGAAGGAAGCAGGUCACUGA